UCGUUUUUGAAGACGCCUAAAAAUUCGUUGAUUCACCCUCUUUCUAUCCAAACUGCAACUAUUUAAAUCAUACAGCCGCAUUUUAAAGUUAUGAGUUGUGUAUUUAAAAUAUUCGAGUAACUAUCGCAAAGGACUUUCUAUUCACAGUCAACAAAAGCUCAGGAUGGAUGCAGUCUCAGGGAAAAAGGCACCCGAGGGAACAGGAUUGGUCUUUGACCACACCUACUGCCAGCCAUGUGCGAACGAUGGCAAGAACAUCCAACCUGAUGCCUUCUGUACCGUCUGCAAAGAGUUCCUGUGUUCCACAUGCGCCCGAGUACACAAGAACAUGAAGAUUUCCAAAAGCCACCCUCUCCAGGACAAGAGUACCAUGCCUUCCUCAUUCCAUCAAGAGAGUGAGAAUAAGCAUUUUACGGAAACAUGUCAGCGUCAUGCCGAAGAGUUCAUAAAAUACUAUUGUCCCAAUCACGAGGCACUUCUGUGUGGAGAAUGUUUGGCUGACAAGACUCACCGCUCAUGUAACAUUGAAAGGAUUUCUCAACUUGCAAAUCGGUACACGGCGGGUGCAGAAUACAACAGUCUGAAGGCAGGACUUGUCCAGGUGGUCAAAGACAUCGGCAACCUUUCAGACAACAUACAAGCAAGCAUGAACUAUAUUGAUGAAGAAAGCCUGACCAAUAUAAGUGAGCUACGAAAGUUCAGGAAUGAAAUCAACCAGUACCUGGAUAAAAGAGAAAAGGAGUUACUAGAAGAAAUUGAGCAGAAGAAACAGAACUCAGAAAGCCUGUUAAAAGAACUGAACUCAAAUUGCCAAGAAAUAAAAGCUACCACUGAGAAACUCAAGGCCGAGCUACAAGCCCAGGAGGUCAACACCAAUCAGUUGUUCAUAUCUGGAACAAGAGUGAUGAAGGAGUUAGUGGGUUUACAGUCAGCCCUUAAGGACAUCAGAGGGAAAAAUAGGGUGUCAUACUUCAAGUUCAGAAGGGACCCCGCCACAGAACAGCUGCUGGCCUCAUGCACAGCAAUUGGCAAAUUGGACCAAGUGGCAUCAGACUUGGCUGACCAGCAGAAACAACUUCAGGCGCCAGCCUUAAACCAGAGCCGUGCAGACCUAAGCCAGUCCCAGUUUAGAAAGCUGCCUGACAUUCCAGUGAAGAAGUCAGCCGACACCAGCGACUGCUUCCUGACCAGUGUGGCCAUCCUGUCGAGGAACAGGCUCCUACUGGCUGACUUCCACAAUUGCUCAGUAAAGCUUGUGGACACCACUACCACCAAGAUGGUGUCCCAGAUGAAACUGCCAAGUCCGCGGUGGGACCUGUGUCUCCUGCCCGGGGACAGGGCUGUUGUCACUCUGCUUUGGGAAGGGAAGAUACAGUUCUUAUCUACUCAGGGAAAUAUCACACUACAGGAUGUUGUUAAAGUAGAUGGAAGAUGUCAUGGAAUAGAUUUCUGUGAUGACAACUUGAUAGUGUCCUUCACCUCCCCAGGUAAGGUUGUGUUGAUGGACAUGAAGGGAAAGGUGAAGAAGAGUGCAGACAAAGACAGCAGUGGAAAACCUUUGUUCCAGAAUCCUGAGCAUCUGACAGUGACCAAAGAGAGUCAGACUCAUCCGGUCAUAUAUGUCACAGACGUGGGCACAAGCAUCAUAAUCAAGCUGAGCAUCUCACUAGAGGUACUCAAUACCUACCAAGACCCGAUACUGGAAUACCCACGAGGUCUGGCACCUGUAGGGGACAACCAGCUUCUUGUGUGUGGGAGGUACAGUAACAACAUCCUGUUACUGGACACGCUCACUGGCAAGAUAACCCAACUGCUGGGGAAGAAAGCGGGGAUAGAGAGGCCAUGCAGUGUGGCUUACUGUCACAAGAAGAUGAUGUUUGUCACCUGCAGUCCAUCAAGUAGAACAAAAUUGGAGAAUUUCGUGAAAGUAUACAAAGUUGCGUAACAAUUGCAUUAACUUUAACAUAAAUUGAUGUCAGUUUAAAAAUAUGUUAUGUGUCUUUAUGAAAAGGCAUAUGUUUUUCAGUGUUACUAAAAGAGUUUAUUCGGCAUAAAUUGUAUUAUAAUUUAAGGACCUUUCCUUUAAUCCUAAUCAAUGUGAAUCAAAUAAUUGUAAUAUUAUUAUCUUUGCUAUGCAAACAAAACAUGCUUGGUUACCUUCUAAAAUAUUCUUAAAUAUCAAUGCAUAUAUAUAGUUAUACGAGGGAUGAUCAAUAAUUACGUAGACUGGUCCCAUAUUUGUUUUCAUUCUACUUGCAACAUCUUAAAAUUUGUACCAUUUGAAAGAGAAAACAUUUUUCUAUUGACUGCCUUAAUAAGAAUAGCAUGAAUAGCCUAUUGCAGAAAAAUGAUAUAAUGCAACCAUAGUAAUGCGCUUCCGGCCCAGGUGAAGUUUUGUCGUACGUAUGCUGAAUUAAAAACUUAAUGAAAUAAAUAUUAGCUGCAGAAAUCCGCUUUUCUGUUUGUCGAGGUUUGCGUGACGUCAUCUGAAAAUAUGACGUCAUUCGGCCGUUACAUUUUGAAAUAAACAACAUCUGCUUUAUGACAGUCACGCAUGCUAUGAGUUUUAAUUUGACUUCACAAGAACGUUUGGAAAUUUGCGCAAACAUUAAAUUUUGCAAAGAAAUAGGGAAAACACUAUCCAAAACGUACAAGUUACUAAAGCUGACACGUGGAGAAAUCUGCUUUUGCCGUUCGCUGGUUUUCAAGUGGCAUCGACGCUUUUCCGAUGGCCGACAGUCCCUUGAAGAAGAUGUAGGUCGUGGACGGAAGUCAACAAUCGGACCGUCAGCCGUGACGUCAAUUGCAGAGAAACUGAUGGCGGACUGCAGAAUGACUGUACGGGAGUUGUCAGAGGCUGCCAAUGUCAGCUAUGGAACCGCACACAGCAUUCUAACCACCGAAUUAAACAUGCGGAAAGUAUUUAGCAGUAUUUACCUCUCUUGUACAACGAUUUUUAAUUUACAAUAGCAUAAUAGCACUUUAAUAUUGGAUCGAUUAGGGAAUAUUCAAAUUGUU